AUGAAUUUUACAACUGUCCAAGUAGGGCAGAAGAAUAUGCCUGGGGAGAGUAUUAAUCGUGAAAAGAAAGUACCUGGAAUCGAAACACGCAGUGGACCAAAAUCUACCCACCGAAGUCAUCGUAGGAACCACCCUUACGCGUUUUCACAGGCACGUUCACUAUCUAAAGAUCACAAAGCCCCAAAAGAAACAUCAUCAAGUGCUUAUCAACAAUGGUUCGAUGAGUCAAAUGCUCACCCAAACGCCACCAUAUUCUCUAGUGCUGAAUUUGACCCCCCACAUUUCCUACAAAGUAACCAGUCUUCAGCUCAUUCAGGACAAGUCUACACCGACGGCAAUGACAGUUCUGAGGCAGCCAUAAGAAACUAUCGCAGUAUAAUCGAUGACUUGACCAUAGAAAAUAGGAACCUCAAGGAGAAAUUACGCUGGCACCAAAAUCAGUCAUUGAAUCAACUGGACAAGGAUAAACUUUUCGAGCUUAGAAUCCACGAACUACCGCCAGGCAAGAGGAGGGAGCUUGAGCAGACACUGAGUUCGUUCAUCUACAGUUUUAGUGAGGUGGGCAACGAGCGACUUGAACCGGAACUAUCUUUUUCCCGUGCCAAGCCCACCGUUGAAAUCAUCGCUGGCUCAGCACCCAACCAGUCAUCUUCUGCCAGUACACUGCACUCUCAAUUACAGGACUUCUCUCAUGUGUCUACAAACACGUCAAAGAAUCCAACGACUGUCGACCUUGACUCCAAGUCACCCGAAGAAACAAGAGCAACUUCUCAAGAAAUUGAAAAGUUGACAAUUCCACAGGCAGAUAUCAUCGCGCAGCAUCCUCAGUAUUCAGAAGGUCAUCUGCCAAACUACCCCUCAAAGUAUAUGACCAAGACACAAAAAAUGAAGCUCGUUGUACAAAGGCUGGAACAAUUAUAUACAGGGAAGACGAGCUUGAGCCUCGAAGAGCAUUCCAAGGGCUCAGUUACUCCGGAGAUUCCGGAUGUAGCCCAAUGUAACCUUAAGUCAUUAGAUAAAUCCAAAAGCCGCUUGGGAGCUCGCGAAGCUCACAUGAAGAAAAUAAGCACGAGGAGCGAAGACUCAACUCCUCCUGACACGUUUUCUGGUCCGGAAGAAUGUUCAGGUAAUCCAAGUCACUCGAAUAUGUCCGAUGAAAACUCGUCGGAGACGUCAUCAUCAGACCAGCGACCUACCAGACCAUUUGAUCUAGACCCUGACCGCUCGCAAAUACCGGCUGAAAAUAUGCAGUACAUUAGGCAUCUUGGACUCUCUCCUGCCAUGCUCAAAAUCAAUGACUCAGUUAAUCAUGUCGAAAGUAAUGGAUGGGUCUAUCUAAACUUGUUGACCAACAUGGCUCAGUUGCAUAUAAUUAAUGUAACUGCAGAAUUUGUCAGAACAUCAGUUCUCAAGAUGAGUAAAAAUUUUGAAAUCUCAUCAAACGGCCAAAUGAUACGUUGGAAAGGAGAUAGUAAGGAAGCUGCUAUCUCUAGCGAUGGUAGUAACGAAAGUAAAUCUAGCUCUUUCUGUAUCUCCGAUCCAAAGAUAUCGGAAAACCAUCAUCUUGAAACAGAAAUUGAGCCAAACAUUGAGUCAUUCUUCCCAUCAAGUGGACGCCGGAACAACUUUCAUUAUAUUCCACUUUUUAAUCAUGAAUACCGAUCAGAAAACACAACGGAAAGCAUCGCAUCACAGCCAGACACAGAACUGAGGGAUUGGGAAAGCUGUACGCCAGCUCCUCAUGCUCACAAUUGGAGGAGUAAAAAGCACAUACUUCUAGGAGAAGAACCUCCAGUCAGUGACGGGGCUAUAAUAUUCUACAACCGCGCCAGAUUUUACGUGGACUUAUGCGGUGAUCGUGAAAUUGCCGGGCUCCCGUUUCCCUGUCCUAGCUCCGAAGAAGAUACCUCUAGCUCGUACAGAAAAGAACUUCAAACAGAAAAUCUUCCACGAUCUGAAUCGGGCUCUUAUCUUUCCAUUCGCCCGUUUAAACAGCCUCUUCAACAUUCAACGUCUGAUGAUGACGAGGACCUCAGCUCCUUCCUUCAAAUUCCACCUGCUACCGAAGACAAUUCAAACGAACUACCUUUGCGACAGUACUCCGAAAAAGGAUUUCAUAUCCCUAGUAGCUUACAGCCGCUCAAGGUUUCUGGUAUUGGGGGGACACAGCCAGCGGACCACUUUGAAAUGCAUGUUCUAACCCGUCGGUCUACGAUUAUACCAACCAGACUUAUCAAGAAAAAAGGCCCUAGAAUAAAUAGAAUCAACCGACCAAUUUCCAGACAUUCACUGAAUAUAUUUCAAAAUCCGGCAGACGUACCAAAAAGCAACCAAACGGCUCCAGACAAAUUAGCUUCCAUUGAGGAUAAAACCAAUCCCGUUCAGAUUGUAAUAAUUUCAACCAAGACGAUUAAUUUACCCCCUUCCCAACUUCCCCUACCACCUGGUAUUGUAUCUUCACCCGAGUCUGAUCAAACCUCAGAAACAACAUCAAGCCUCAACAUGUAA